AUGCGAGGCGGAAGCUCUGAACGAUUGGUUGUGCGCGCUUCUCGUAGAAGGGGUGAAACGCGUGCAAAAUUAACGAAAUACAUUACUGUUAUGCUGGCAGCGCUGCUAAGUGGCGGGGGUUCGGCUCUACUCUUCCUGGUCCCGCUGUACGCGGACCCAGCCUUGAGCGCUCUUGCGGCCGACUUUGACCCAGUGCCCGCCGAAUGUGUGACGGAGAGGCGCGACGAUCGACUCGGACUGGACAACUGCACGUGGGCGUCUUGCAGGGAGGGCUGCACGAGCGACGCAUACAAAUGCACCCAACUCCACGUGAAAUACAAAGCCCACGGCGAGGAAUGGCGUCCCGCGGUGUUGUACGUAAAUAUAAAAGGCUGCGGGUACCCGCCCGCUGUCGACUGCGACAACUUCACGAUACACUACGGCUACGUUGGGGCGCGGUACUCGUGUUUUUGGUCCAGAGCGGACACAACCGUCGUUGUGCCGAAUUGGUCUAGAGGGGAGCAGGUUGCAACCGUGACUAGGACCCUGGCGUUACCCCUGUUCCUGUCUGGAUGCGCUGGGAUAGGUCUAUGCGCCCUGCACUGUGAAUGCAGACCGAGGAGACGCCGCCGCCCACCCCGCCGCCCGCCUCGCCUGCCAACCCUGUCACCCGAUGAGACGUCAGUAUACAGACUAGGU